GCGAGUUCAGUCUUGUCGUCCUAGUGUUAUGUUGUAACUUGUAAGGAUGCGUGGCAGCUGCUGGAGACUUGAUAAGAGAGACUCAGUUUCACCUAGAAGACGGUGCUGAGAGGUCGUAGUAGCCAACCCAUUCAACUUUUUGACUGGAAAUUGAAGAUAUUAGCCUGCAUGCUGAAGUCACUGUCUGGUUUUUGGUGUUCUGUGAAGGGCAGCCUACAAGGGAGGGAAACGCAGAACACUAUGAGGACCCUAAGAAGUGGAAGGCACUGUGUCCCUGGAAGCACCGGCCCCUCGCUUCGCGUCGCAGGGGAAAGGCGGAGGGAAUGGGUUGUGCCAAACCCCCCUCCUGUGCCCCAGACAUUAACGUCUGCUGUGGAGGAGUUAUUGCAGGCGUACACCACAUCAGACUUGAAUCCACCAGAUGAGCCUUGUCCAAUAUGCAUGUGUAGCCUCCAGUGUCCAAGUGAUUGUAGCAGUCAGGAUGUAACAGAUGAUGAAGGCGUUGUCAAGUUGACUAAGUGUGGCCACUCACUUCACAAGUUAUGCACGAGAAUGAUGGCAGAAUCAAAGCAAUAUUUUAUUCCGUGUCCUAUGUGUAAAACUGUACAUGGUGUGAGACUAGGGAAUCAGCCUGACGGAGUAAUGGAAAUCAUGACUGUUGAUGAUAAUCUUCCUGGAUUUGACUGCGGGACGAUCAUCAUCACAUACAGGUUUGGAGGCGGCAUACAAGGACGAGAACACCCAAAUCCAGGCCAUCCCUACCGAGCACAUGCCUUCCCACGUCGCGCCUUCUUGCCAGAUAAUGAAAGAGGAAACAAGAUCCUACGGCUGUUGGAGGUUGCAUGGCAGAGACGUCUGAUAUUCACAGUUGGCACAUCCAUAACCAGUGGCCUGGAAAAUGUCAUUACAUGGAAUGAAAUCCACCAUAAAACUGAAUGGGAAAACUACCAUGGUCAUGGCUAUCCCGACCCAGCUUAUCUAGAUAAUGUUACCAUGGAGUUAGAGUUUCAAGGUGUGACAGAGGCAGACCUUGAGAGUAAUGGAAAUAGAAACCUGGAAUAAAUUAACUGUGAUAUUAUACUCUCCUAUUUUUUAAGGGAGUUGUAAUCCAUAGGUAAGUGUAUACUUCUGAGAGUGAAAAAAAAAAUCCAUUAGGGCAUAUUUGAGAGUGAAAGUGGGCACUAUUUUUAAGUUAUUUAUGUGGCUCAUCUGAGUGCCAUCUUCCAAAACUUUCAGAAAUCACUACCCCUCUCUCUCUCUCUCUCUCUCUCUCUCUCUCUCUCUCUCUCUCUCUCUCUCUCUCUCUCUCUCUCUCUCUCUCUCUCUCUCUCUCUCUCUCUCCUCCCCCCCUCUCUCUCUCUCCUUUAACUUGAAACCCCAAGAAAAGUUGCAUAAGACAAAACAGUAAUAAGUUUUUAAAAAAUGUACAUGGUCUGUAAUGCUACUUUCUCAGUGAUGAAUUUAUAAGUAAUAAUGUUAUUAUUUAAAUAUACUCACAGGUGCUAAAGAGGAUUUUCUCCAUAUGAAAUUUAUUCUUUUACUGAAUAUUCACCCUAUGAAAUUUACCAUCUCUUUAUGGCUGUAAUUUUUUUCAGAAAGUAUUUUACAAAAUGCCAAUUCCCUUCGAAAGAAAAUGUUAAAAAUGAAUGUAUUCAUGUGUGAGUAUUCCUCUUUUUAUAUUUGUACUAUAAUCCACAAAUCUAUAAUAUCUACCUCCUUGCACUAAGCUAUGUGUGGAUAUAAAGACACAUCCAGCCAUUCAUGUAUCUGUGACUUCUGUGGGUUUGAAAAAUGGCUUAUUCCUUAAGCUACGUGUGGAUAUAAAGACACAUCCAGCCAUUCAUGUAUCUGUGACUUUUGUGGCUUUGAAAAAUGGCUCAUUUCUCUUAUCCUGACAUACAAUGACAGAUUCUCUAACUGAAUUUUGUAUUAAGAUUCCAUUUUGCUGUUGUUAGUUUUGCAUAUAUUUUCCUUUGCAGUAGUGAUGUUUUAUUAAGCUUGGCCAGUAAAGCUGAAACUGCUUGUACCAUGAAACCAGUAAUGGCUGUGUGAAGUUGGAUGAUGAUGAUGAUUUUAAUUAUUCAUAAUUAUUAUGAUUUUUUUUUUUUUUUUUUUUUUUUUUUUUUUUUCUUUCUUUUUUUCUCUUUUUUUUGGUGGUGAGGGGAGGGGGGAGUUCUGAAAUAUGAAUCCAUUAUAUCCCUAUUACAAUUUUUUUGUAUAUAUAAGGAUUGCUUUGAGACAUUAUACUAUUAAAUGUGAUAGCCACCUGACUUCCUAUACUUGCAAAAUUAUUGCAUUGACUCUUUCAUCCAUAAAUACGAUAUUCAAAAUAGCAGAAAAGUACAUGUUCGUUUUUAUAUUAUAUUCUUAUGUUUCUGUGGAUAUUUAUAUUAUAGAUUGAAAUAUUAUUUUAUGAUACUGGAUAUAUGUAUUCACAGAAUAA